AUGGUUUCCUGGGAGGCGCCACCAACAAAUUUCUACAAACUCAAUUUUGACGGUUCAGUACUCAACAAAUCAGCAACAACAGGGAUUCUCAUCAGAGACAGUAGUGGGGCGAUUUUAGGAGCUCGCGCUUUCAAUCUCGGCACCACCAAGGUUUUCAUAACAGAGGCCAUGGCUAUUCAUAAAGGCAUUCUUCUAGCUCUUGAGCGUGAGAUAAAAAAUAUCAUAAUUGAAGGUGAUAAUCUUUUAGUAAUCAACUCCGUUAAUGGCAUCUGGUCAACACCAUGGCAAAUUGAUCAUAUUAUUCAAGACAUUUGUUCACUUCUUAGCAAUUUCGAUAAUUGGAGCAUUCGUCACAUCUUUCGAGAGGCAAAUCAAGCAGCGGACUGGAUAGCAAAUGUUGGUCAUUUAGUUAGUGAUAGUAUGGAUAUAGUUCCUUGCAAUCGCGGUGACCAAAGCCCAAAAUCAAUUACCGUGUAUAGUAAAUGGAGCCCAAAAUCGGUUACCGUGCAUGGUAACCGGAACCCAAAAUCGGUUACCGUGCAUGGUAACCGGUUUUGA